CUUUUUUCUGCCAAAAACACACACACAAACAUACAAAAUGGAGGCUUUAAAACCUAGCUCUGGCCUGUAUACCUGUUUAGCUUGUCAGGUCGCAUUCGAAUCGGCUGAAGGACAACGAACACACUAUCGAUCUGACUGGCACCGCUAUAACCUAAAACGUAAAGUGGCUGAUCUGCCACCUGUAAGCAAAGAUCAAUUCGAGCGAAAAGCAGAAGUUGUCAAGGAAUCUGAAAAGGUCGAAGUCAAGACAGAACCAUUCAAGGGUCACUGUGGAGCAUGCAAGAAAACGUUUGGCACGAAGAAUUCAUACGACAGCCACAUUCGUUCCAAAAAGCACAAGGAAGCAGAAGCCAAGCAAGCUGCCCGACAGGAAAGGACGACACCAGUAGUUAUUAAUAACAACGAAAUUGACGAAACCGCAGCAACAAAAACAGCAGUCGAAACGACGACAAGCGCUACCCCAAAAGAUCAACAACCAAAAGAACAGCAGCAACAAUCCAAAAUAGAAAUGACAUUCACCGAAGAAACAACAGAAGAAGAAAUCCUUGCCAAGAUUGAUGAGAAGAUCAAGGCGUCGCGCCGAUUAGAAGAAACCGAGUGUCUUUUCUGCAACCACACAUCUGAGUCGUUUGAGGAUAACAUGUCCCAUAUGACCCUCAUACACAGUUUCUUCAUCCCCGAUAUCGAGUACUUGGAGGAUAUCAAAGGCCUCAUCAAAUACCUCGGUGAAAAGGUCAGUGUUGGUAACACUUGUCUGUACUGCAAUGGAAAGGGUCGUGAAUAUCGAUCUUUGGAAGCCGUACGAGCGCACAUGAUAAGCAAAGGUCAUUGCAUGAUUGCAUACGAUGCGGAGGAAGAUGCUAUGGAACUUGUGGACUUUUACGACUUCUCGUCAUCCUAUGGUGAACUUGCCAGUGGCGAAGAUGUUGAUGCGGAUACUGAAUUAUCAAACCUGGCCCAGGGCAUGCAUUUAGCUGACGAUGAUAUGUCACUGGUUCUACCAAACGGCAGUGUCGUGGGUCACCGCAGUCUUAAGCGUUAUUACGAUCAAAAGUUCAAGCCAGAAGACUCGAGAGAUUCAGUGCUUAUCAACAAGCUUAUUGGCCAAUACUCGGAUAUGCAAGGCUACCAAACACCCCGUGCUGGCUCUUCCUCAUUCCGCACUGGUGGUCGUAUGAUGAUCACGGAUGGAAAAAGUAGACAUGUACGACAUACGGAGGCAUUCAAGGAUGUACGGGUACAUCAGGAGUAUCAGACACGGGUUGGCAUACAAUCGAACAAAUUACAAAAGUAUUUCAGAAUCCAAAUCCUAUAAAAAGUGUAUUUUUUCUCUCUAUAUACAUACUUUGCUUUUAUAUAUAUACAUGUAAUAUGAUCUUAAUAUCCUCUGCGUUUAUGCGUGUAUUGUUUUGCGUGACACGAG